AUGGGCACACGUUGGAACGGCAGCGCGCAAGCCGAGGACGACCCAUUCGGACGCAACGAGGACGUCGCCAAGAUCGAGAUCACGGUUCUGAGCGUCGCUUUCGUCGUGGCCGUGGCGGGCAACGUCAGCGUGUUUCUGGCCAUGCACAAGAGCCGACGGAAGCCGUCCCGCAUGCACCUGUUCAUGAAGCACCUGAGCCUGGCGGACCUGGUGGUGGCUUUCUUCCAGGUCCUUCCGCAGCUCUGCUGGGAGAUCACCUUCCGCUUCUACGGACCGGACUUCUUGUGCCGCAUCGUGAAGCACCUGCAGGUCUUGGGGAUGUUCGCCUCCACAUACAUGAUGGUGAUGAUGACGCUGGACCGCUACAUUGCCAUAUGUCACCCCCUGCAGACCCUCCAUCAGCCCACGCAGCGCGCCUACACCAUGAUCGUGUCCACCUGGGUGUGCAGCCUGGUCCUCAGCACGCCGCAGUACUUCAUCUUCUCCCUGAGCGAGGUGCGCCCCGGCUCGGCCGUCUACGACUGCUGGGGGCACUUCAUCCAGCCCUGGGGUGUACGCGCCUACAUCACCUGGAUUACCACGGGAAUCUUCCUCGUACCCGUGCUGGUCCUGGUGCUGUGCUACGGUUUCAUCUGCCACACCAUCUGGAGAAACCUGAAGUGUAAAACCUGGAAGGGAAACAAGGCUGCCGGGGCCGUGGAUGGGAAGAGCUGGGUGAGCAGCGUCAGCACCAUCUCCCGGGCCAAAUUACGCACAGUGAAGAUGACGUUCGUGAUCGUGCUGGCCUACGUGGUGUGCUGGGCUCCGUUCUUCACCGUGCAGAUGUGGUCGGUGUGGGAUGCGAACUUCUCGUGGGACGAUUCAGAGAACACGGUGGUCACCCUCUCCGCGCUGCUCGCCAGUCUCAACAGCUGCUGUAACCCCUGGAUCUACAUGAUCUUCAGCGGUCACUCCCACGCAGACCUGGUGAACUGCCUCCCUUGCUGCUGCGGGCUGCGCGGCAAGCUCGGCCAGCAGGACUCGGACAGCAGCAUCCGGAGGACAACGCUGCUGUCCCGCCUGCAGGGCCCGCGUCUCUCUGACCCCGCUCCCGCCGCCUCCAGGAAGGGCCACGCCAUCCCGUCAGCGUCCUGA